GGUGAAAGCAGUUAAAAAAUGUCAGGCCUGAGCAACGUUCUGCUUUUCGUGGCCUUCAUUUCUUUCUCUGUGGCUGAUGUCGGAGAUUUUACCCCCUGUUUGCAAUUCUUCUAUAGAUCCUGGCCCCCCAAAGGCCUGGCUGGGACUUCGAUCUGCCAGCGAUACAAUAACAACUACCGCUUUGCCACUUUAUACAGUCGACCGCGCCGCUCUCCAUGGUUCUCGGCUUAUGUGUACACAGUACCAAGUGGGAAGAGACCAAAAGCCUCUUGGAAAUAUGAACCACAGUUGGCCUACCCUGCAGCUGAUGGCAACAUGAGGCCCUUCUUGCCAGGACCGGUGGACAUGAACGUUGUGGAGAGCCAGGCAGUCGAGCUAGACUACAUUAACUCCACCUACUCCCGUGGUCAUCUCAACCCUAGCCUUCAUCACCAGACCCCCCUGUGCCGCUCCUCCACAUUCACCCUUACCAAUGUGGUUCCUCAGAAGAAAUGGUCCAAUGAUGGACCCUGGGAAGACUUAGAGCAGACCGUCAACAAUACUUUGGCUUCCUACUGUCUUGGGGAAGCCUACAUAGUAACAGGCAUCAUUCCUUACCAGAAAGACGAACACUGGAUCAAGAAUCGCGUGGCAGUGCCAGAGUAUCUGUGGUCCGCAUACUGCUGCCCAAACUACAACCACAGUGUUCCUGAAGGACUGAAAGAUGCCUUUCCCACCUUCGCCGCUAUCGGACGCAAUGACCCAAACAGCACAGAAGAGAUUGUCCCCAUACAGAAGACAGCGAAAAAACAGUAUUGGGGAUAUGAUGUGAGACGGAUGUCUCUAAACUCACUUGAGAUGUACCUGAAGGACAGAUUCAACACUGUUGUCACUGUUUUUCAUGAGCAAUGUAAUUAAUUAGAUUAUAUGCAAAUAGGUCUUAUAAUGCUGGUGUAAAUCUUGUGUCACAUAAUGCCAAACUGUGAGUUUUUUAUUCUUAAGCUAUUACCAAAAUGAAAAAUAAUAAUUUUCAUUAUAUAGUGUGAACUAACUUAAUGUGGUCUUUAAAAUGUUGAAAUCUACUAUUAGCCACUAAAGAAGAGUCAGUUGGUGUGUAAAAAAAAAAGUGAAGCAAAUCAGAAAGAAUGAAAAAGCAAAGAGAUUCAGCUGAAAUGCAAAUAGAACAAAUAAUAAUAAUAAUAAUAAUAAUAACUAUAGUUCAGUUUAUAUACCUAUUUUAAACAAAACACUUGGACAGCUUGACAGAAUGGUAUCAAACCAAUAAUGGUUAUGGUCAUUGUGUGGUAUGAUAUUGCUGUCAGACCCAAGCUUCCAAAAGUCUAUCUACAUGGUGAAUGGUCUCUAUUCAAAAUAAACAGCAUUACAACCAAUCAGCAGAUAUGGUAUGGAUGCAUAUUGCAUGAGGUUCGAUGGUCAUCUUGUGCAAGUGCAUAAUAUGAGUUAUGCAGUCUAUGAAACAUAGUGCAGAAUGACAAAAAGCAUGCAGAUAUCCUAUUUGAAUCACUGUUUCCAGCAUAGGAUAGUCUGUAUAAAUACAUAUGGAAACCUGCAGCUUUCAUGCAAAGCCACAAUGUGACCCCUUUAACUCUGUCAAGAGCUAACCGUGGUGUCUCCAAUUUCAGUGGGACACACGUUGUUUGCCUGUAACUUGCUCUCAU